UUUUAUUCAAGAUGAAAUCACAAACACGUGUCUUGAAAAAUGUAUUCAUGCUAUUCAUCCUCAUGACUGCUCAGUACUUACCAGCAGUUGUGAUGGCAGACGACAAACCAACAGUUGAAGGACCAGUUGUUGGUAUUGAUUUGGGUACCACCUACUCUUGCGUUGGUAUCUUCAAGAAUGGAAGAGUCGAGAUCAUUCCAAAUGAACUCGGAAACAGAAUCACUCCAUCCUUUAUUGGAUUCACAGAUGAAGAAAGACUUGUUGGAGAAGCAGCUAAAAAUCAAGCAGCAGUCAAUCCAACAAGAUCUAUCUAUGUAGUGAAGAGAUUGAUUGGAAGACAAUUUAAUGACAAGGAAGUCCAGAGAGACAGAAAGCACGUAUCUUACGAUAUUGUGGAUAAGGGAGGAAAGCCAUAUGUCAAAGCUCAGAUUAAUGGAGGAGAGACCAAGACUUUGUCUCCAGAAGAAGUCAGUGCCAUGAUCUUGAAAAAGAUGAAGGAAAUCGCUGAGAACUAUCUCGGACAAGAAGUAAAUAAUGCUGUUAUUACUGUCCCCGCUUACUUCAAUGAUGCACAAAGAGCAGCCACAAAAGAUGCCGGUAUUAUUUCUGGAUUGAACGUAUUGAGAAUCUUGAAUGAGCCAACUGCUGCCGCCAUUGCUUAUGGUCUUGACCAGAAGGGAGAUGAAAGAAGCAUUUUGGUAUUCGAUCUGGGAGGAGGUACCUUUGAUGUAUCAAUCCUUACCAUUGAUGGUGAUGUAUUCGAAGUUGAGGCCACCUCUGGAGAUACCCAUUUGGGAGGAGAAGAUUUUGACCAAAGGAUCUUGCAACACUUCACCAAGCUUAUUAAAAAGAAGUAUAACAAGGACAUCACUCAGGACAAGAGAGCUCUCCAGAAACUUAAGGGAGAAGUUGAGAAGGCUAAGAGAGACUUGUCAAGUGUCAUCCAAACUAAAAUUGAAAUCGAGAAUCUUGUAGAAGGAGUUGACUUCUCUGAGACUCUUACUAGAGCCAGAUUUGAAGAACUGUGUAAUGACUUAUUCAAGAAGACUCUCAAGCCAGUUGAACAAGCUUUGAAGGAUUCAGGAAGGAAGAAGAGUGAGAUUGACGAGAUCGUUCUUGUAGGAGGAUCCACCAGAAUUCCAAAGAUCCAGCAGCUUAUCAAAGAUUUCUUUAAUGGAAAAGAGCCAAACAGAGGAAUCAACCCAGAUGAAGCUGUUGCCUACGGAGCCGCUGUCCAAGGAGGAAUCUUGGGAGGUGAAGCUACUGAUGAGACUAAAGGACUUUUGCUUAUUGAUGUUGCCCCAUUGACCUUGGGUCUCGAGACUGUUGGGGGAGUCAUGACCAAGAUUGUCCCAAGAGGAACUGUCAUCCCAACCAAGAAGUCUCAAACCUUCACUACCUAUCAAGACAACCAGGAAACAGUCACAAUAAAGAUCUUUGAAGGAGAAAGAGCCAUGACCAAGGACAACCACUUGCUAGGAAACUUUGACUUGAGCGGUAUUCCAAGAGCAGCAAGAGGAGUCCCACAGAUCGAGGUUACCUUCGACAUGGAUGAGAAUGGUAUUCUGAACGUUAGCGCCGAAGACCAGGGAACCGGAAAGACCGAAUCUAUCACUAUUACUAAUGAUCAGGGAAGACUUUCUAAAGAAGAAAUCGAAGAAAUGAUUGCUGAUGCAGAGAAAUUCUCAGAAGAAGACAAGCUCGUUAAGGAAAAGGUGGAUGCUAGAAACUCUUUGGAUAGCUACUUGCAUUCCAUGAGAAAUACCAUUGAAGACAAGGAGAAGCUAGCCGAUAAGCUUGAUGAUGACGACAAAGAAACCAUCAGUGAGGCUCUCCAAGAGCAUCAAGAAUGGCUUGACACUAACGCAGAUGCCGAUAAAGAAGACUUCGAGGAACACCUGAAGGACCUGCAAUCAGUUUGCGACCCAAUCAUCUCUAAGGUUUACCAAGAGAAUUACGACGACGCUGGGGAUGACGAAGAUGACGAGGAUAUUGACGACUUGUAACU